GAAUCUUUGCGAGUCUUCUUCUUUUCAAAAUACAUUUCAAGAUUUUCAACCUAGAGUAAAAUGGAUGGAUAUAAGUGUAAGCAGGUAUCAGCUCUACCAAAUUAUAGGGUUGGUAAAACUCUGGGAUAUGGAACUUUUGCGAAGGUGAAAUUGGCUGAGCAUGUUGCAACUGGACAUAAAGUUGCAAUCAAAGUCCUUAAUCGUAAUAAGAUUAAGGAGAUGAAUAUAGUCGGAAAAGUGCAAAGGGAGAUCAAAAUUCUCAGAAUGUUGAUGCAUCCUCAUAUCAUCCGUCAAUAUGAGGUAGUAGAGACACCGGACAACAUUUAUGUUGUGAUGGAAUAUGUUCAGUCUGGUGAACUGUUUGACUACAUUGUGGAGAAAGGGAAAUUACCUGAAGACGAGGGUCGCUAUCUUUUUCAGCAGAUCAUAGCUGGUGUGGAGUAUUGUCAUCGCAAUAGGGUUGUUCAUAGAGAUCUUAAGCCGGAGAACAUCCUUUUGGAUGCAAACUGCAACAUAAAGAUUGCUGACUUUGGAUUAAGUAAUGUCAUGCCUGAUGGUCAUUUCUUAAAGACAAGCUGUGGAAGCCCUAACUAUGCUGCUCCGGAGGUUAUUGCAGGAAAGCCUUAUGCUGGACCACAAGCUGAUAUCUGGAGUUGCGGAGUGAUAUUGUAUGCUCUAUUAUGCGGCAAACUGCCUUUUGAUGACGAAGUUGUGCCUAGUCUGUUCAGUAAAAUAAAGAGGGGAGAGUAUACUCUUCCAGAUCAUUUAUCAUAUGCAGCUAGAGAUUUGAUACCAAGGAUGCUUAUGGUUGAUCCUGUGAUGAGAAUAAGCAUUGCUGAGAUUCGUCAACAUCCUUGGUUCAAUAUUCAUGUUCCUGGCUAUCUAGCUGCUCCUCCAUUGGAUACUGCAGAACAGGCUAGAAAGAUUGAUGAGGAGAUCAUUCAAGAAGUGAUCAAACUAGGAUUUGAUAGAAACCAGGUCAUUGGAUCGCUUGUCAGCAGAAUCCAAAACGAGGCAACAGUUGCAUAUUAUCUAUUACUGGACAAUCGACGUCGUGCUCCUAGUGACUAUUUCCAAACCAGCUUCAAGGAGAGAUUGGAUGGUACUUUGAGUUCGAUGAUUCCACCUCAAGUGCUUGCUUCGUAUCCUGCAUUAGUUGAUCACCACAUGACUGGACUACAGUCACGAGUCAAUGUGGAUAAAAGUUGGACCCUUGGACUUCAGUCUCAAGCGCAUCCUCGUGAAAUCAUGAGUGAGAUUUUUAAGGCUCUUCAAAAUCUGAAAGUUUCUUGGAAAAUGAUUGGAGACUACAACAUGAAAUGCAGAUGGGUUCACCAGAGUGAUAUCUCCAAAGAGAACCCUAACAUGAUGAAAGAUGAAUGUGCCAUGACCUCACCGAGCAGCGUCCUCAAGUUUGAACUUCAGCUUUACACAGUGUGUGAAGGCAAGUACUUGUUGGACAUCCAGAGAGCUACUGGAGCUCACUUUGUCUUCUUGAAGCUAUGCCUCGCUCUUCUCAAAGAGCUACAUGUGAUCUGA